AUGGCGACCCCGGAUAUCACUCUCUACACCAGCCCUACCCCCAACGGGUUCAAAGUGUCCGUGACACUUGAGGAGCUCGGUUUGCCCUACAAACUCCGCCCUAUCGAUCUUCAAAAGGGAGAACAAAAGGAGGAAUGGUUCCUGAAGAUCAACCCGAACGGACGCAUCCCAGCCAUCACUGAUGGCGAACAACACGUCUUCGAGAGCGGUGCGGUCAUGCAGUACCUCGUCGACAAGUACGACACCGAGCGGAAGAUCAGCUACGCUCCGGGCACCCCAGAGUACUACACGCAACUCGCCUGGGUGAUGUGGCAGGUGGGCGGCCUGGGCCCGAUGCAAGGGCAAGCCCAUUUCUUUGUAUUCUUCGCGUCUGUACGGUCUGAUUUCUGCAUCGAGCGAUACACAGAAGAGACCCGGCGUCUGUACUCGGUCAUGGAAGCCCGUCUGCAGGAAUCACCCUAUCUGGCGGGGGAGAAGUAUACGAUCGCUGAUAUUGCUUCUUUUGAGUGGGUGCGAGUGGCUCCGAUGCUGCUGGACUUCGACCUGAGCGAAUGGCCGGCGCUGAAGAAAUGGCAUGACACUCUUGUCCAGAGGGAGGCCGUCCAGAAGGGCUACACAGUGCCGCCUAGGGCGAUUCCGGACGAGCAGUUCAUGGCCUUCCUUAACUCUAAGAAGGCGGAGAUCAUGGCCAAGGGCAAUUCCGAUGUGCAGUGA